CCAUCGCUGCGGAGCUGCGGCGCAGCAUGGACGCCGGCGACGCCGCGUUAGGACGACUUUGACGAGAGUGCAGAGCUGGAGAUGAAGCUUGCUGAUCAAACCCUGUGCGUCAGCUCAGAUGGUAUCCAUCUCCCAGAUCCCCAAGGAUACCCUCCUCCAUUUCCUCUGACCUGCAGCAGGCCUUUUCUUUUCUUUUUUUUUAUCGUCUUGAGUUUGUCUCGCCCUCUUGUCUCUCCGCGUCGUCGCCCGCUAAUCCAAUUCUGUGAUUUCUGUCAUAGCGUCAUCGAUCUCGCUUGAUAGACAUCACGAUCCGAUGCGAUCCAUGUUUGUUUCUUCCGUUUAUUUUAGGCGAAACCGAUGGGACCGGGUGUAUAUGAUAUAGCUCUGCUCCUGCUUUGCGUGUUCCUCCCUAGCUCCGUUCGUCAUUGAAGCCUCGCCUGAAUCGGUGAAUCCAAGGGAACCUGCUGGUUCUCCGACAAAGUCGUCUCGUUUCUGGCUGCGAUAAGGUUCUCAACUUAGUGUAAUACGAGCAGAGCUGACUUGCUGGUGUUCAUUCUUUACAGCAACUCAGCAAGAUGGAGGGGAACUAACUAGCAGUCACUAGUCGAAUGUCAUUUCAUUACGAGUCCUUGUAUCCUCAUGAUAUGACUUUUCUACACUCUUCACCUGCUAGCACCGGAGCGCCUUGUUCAGCAUCUAUAGCAUCAUCUUCCAGUACUUUCUCCACAGCUAUGGCGCAUGGACGUUUUCCUAAUUUGUUACCAUCGAUUGUUCAUUCUUUGAAUGCUGAAAUCCUGUACUCCAACCUGAUUUCCCAUUCUGGAGUAUCAGAACAACCUUUAGGGGGUACUUAUCCUGGACUACCUGCUGAAACAACACAUUCUGCAGACCAUCUUGGUGGUUUACUGAAUAACAAUGGCAUCAAUAGUGUUGAGAAACAGCCAGAUUCUGGCUCUGUUAGAGACCCUAACCCUAAUGAAUCUGCCGAAAGAGAUGAAUGGUUCUGCUUGGAGCAUGGAGGUUUGGAUUAUAUUAUCCCUGAUGACUUGACCUUGAACUAUCCGCAAAUGGUAAUUUAACUCAAAAGCAGCAGUGACUAGUGAUGUAAUGUUUACUUGAUCAUGGAAACUGAGACUGGCAUUGGAGAUGAUAUUAUAUUGUUAGGCUGAAUCUGCACAUGUUUCCUCACCUCUGAAUUCUGAGACAUCGCAGCAUGAGCACAUAGUUCAUCAAUUAGUUUCAGUUCCUACAAUUCCUGGGCAGUUGUAUCCUGUUUCUCCUCCAGCAACUAUAAAUGUCCAUUCACCCCAGAGGACUAAAGUGCGCAGACGAUGGACUACAGAAAUGCACGAUCGCUUCAUAGACGCCGUCAAUCAACUCGGUGGCUGUGAAAAUGCUAAACCUAAAGCCAUUCUUGACAUCAUGAAUGUUGAAGGUCUGACUCGCGAUCAGGUGAAAAGUCACUUACAGAAAUACAAAUUGGCCCAAGUUCGACAUCGCUCAUCUAAAGAUGCGCAUUCAAAAUUUGCAUUACAGGUGCAGAUAGAGCUUCAGAAGAAACUUCACGAGAUGGUAGAGAGGACACGUCAUGAUUUACUGGAGAUUCACAGAAGCAUACUCCAGAACCACGUGACGAGUCUCCACGAGCUCGAGGAGCAGCAGAAUCUCAACACAGACGGCCGCACAGCGCGUCUUCGUCCCAGUCCACCAGCAGCGGCAGCGGCAGCGGCAGCCCCUCCUCCAGUAGUAGCUCUCUCCAGGAUGACUGGCCAGGGAAGCAGAGCCGCGGCGUCGGCUCAAGACGGCCUGGUGUCAGAGGCUGGCUCACUUGGGCAAUAAUGCAGGGGUCAUGACUGCUUGACCAUCUCUUGAUCGAGUCUUCAACGCCUGUUUCUACACGGCGUUUAUUUUUUGCGCGUGUAAAUAAUAGUAGUAGAAUGGGCGAAAAAAAGAGAGGCGUAGCUACGUCCACUACGUGUAGUAGCAUCAUUUGGUAGCAUGAGCUUUUGAACCCUACAAUAAGGAUCUGUGUAUAAUGCUCUGCAUAAUCACUUGUUGUGGCACUGGCAUUUCACUUCAGAUGCACAGCCUGUACCUUCGAUGGUAAUAACAUUGAUGUUUCUAUA